UCUAAUCAUCUUAUAGACCAUGAAUUUGAAAACAAAUUGGUGAAAUUAUUGAAUGAGAAUGGAUUAAUCGCCAAUAUAAUCUCCUGCAAACAAGAAGAUUUUGGUGUUGAUAUUAUUGCAACAUUUAAUCAACAAGUCAUCAUAAUUCAGGUUAAAAAUAUUGAGAAAGCUAUUGGUUCUUCUGAAUUACAAAAGAUUCAAUUAUCUUUUAAACGUUUUGGUGAUGAAAUUUUAGGAAUUAUUGUUUAUAACAGUAAAAAAUUAUCGAAUCCUUUAAUGAAAUCUGCUAAAAUUUGGUUUGAUGGUUGUUGUCCUGAGAUUAAAAUUAUGAAUAAGAAAGAGAUUUUAAAUUUUUUUAAAGAUAAUAAAAAAAGAAAUAAACGAAGAAUAAUGAUAGAAUAUACUAAUCUACAGGCUGAUAAAUUUGUAAUUGGGAUUAGUAAAUUGAAGGGAUUCAAAGUAGAAAAAUGUGUAGUUUAUUCACCUUAUUAG